AUGGUAUAUGAGGAUUACAGGCUGGAUAACAAGGUAUUUGAUGUUGUGUUGAGUUACAAGAUCUCGAAGAGGUUUUUGCAGGAUUUACCCGCUGAUACACCACCAGUUAUUAUUGAUAAUUCUCGUCAGUUACACACUUUUCUGGGACAAUUGAAAAGGGAUACAAGUCGUCUUUGUGUUGAAGUGAAGAAGAAAAUACGUACUGAUUCGAAUCAGAAAGCACAUACAUGUUCAGUAACAGAGCGCUCUAUGCGUGCCCGACAAGCAGAUCAUAAUAUUCUAGGAGAGUUGUACAAAGAUUUUGUUGGUGGAGUUGGUCCCAAGAUGGAUUAUUGGAAGGCAUAUCGAACACUAAGGCAUGCUCGCGAGUUGGUCAGGGGUAGUCCAGAGAGUGGUUAUGAGCAGCUUCCUACAUAUUUGUAUAUGAGAAAAAGGGCAAAUCCUGGAAAUUUUACACAGCUUGAAGUUGAUGAAGCUCAAAGAUUUAAGUACUGUUUUCUAGGAUUUGGUGCAAUCAUACAAGGAUUUCCAUUCUUGAGGAAAGUGGUUGUUGUGGAUGGUACUUUUUUACAAAGAAAAUACUUAGGGACACUUCUGACAUCAACAGCUCAAGAUGGCAAUUUUCAGAUUUUUCCAAUUGCUUUCACCGUGGUUGAUACGGAGAAUGAUGAAUCAUGGGAAUGGUUUUUCAAGCAACUCAGCUGUGUGAUACCAGAUGAUGAAAGCCUUUCCAUUAUUUCUGAUAUGCAUCAAUCAAUUGGGAAAGCUAUUAAAAAGGUCUAUCCGAAGUCUAGUCGGGGAAUAUGUACAUACCAUAUAUACAAGAAUAUUUUGGUCCGGUUUAAAGGUCGAGCAGAAUUUGCUUUGGUUAAAAAGGCGGCAAAUUCUUGUAGACUUAUCGACUUUCAAACCACAUUUGAUCAGAUAGAAGCCAUGAAUCCAGCACUACAUGAGUACCUCGUAAGGGCUGAUGUGCAUAUGUGGACUCGUGUACAUUUCCCGGGUGAUAGGUGA